AUGAUGUUUCAAAAUGUUGUAAUUACUGCUACAAACUAUGCUGAACUUUCUCGUCGUCACGAUGUUCGAGUUGUUGGCAACAUUCCAACCGAAUUUCCACCUCCAUCUCUUCCAAGAUUUUAUUUGAUUCGGCACAUCGGUCUAAAUGCUGCCGCAAUUGCUAUUACAGCUAUCGCUCUGUCCAGGCGACGUAAAAAAAAGCACACCGUGUUUUGA